GUUGGGGCAGUUCCUCCCACAAUGGACCAAGGCAACCUCAAGCCCGUUCAUAUUAGAUCUGAUAAAGUUCGGGUACAAACUGGAGUUAACGUCACUGCCUCACCUAAACUUUAUGGUUACUCAGCCGCCCAGGGACAGGGCAAAGGCAGAAGCCUUGUUCCUGUCUCUGGGAGAGUUAGUGGAUCAAAGAGUCCUAAUUCAGGUCCCCCAGGAGGAGCAGGGACAAGGGGUAUACUCCCAUGUCUUUAUAGUAAAAAAACCAUCGGGAAAAUUCAGGAUGAUCCUGAACCUCCGACCUCUGAACAAAUUUGUGAAGUACAAAAGGUUCAGGAUGGAGUCGAUCUUUACGGUAACAAGAUGUCUGUUCCCAGGGUGUUACAUGGCAACCCUGGAUCUCAGGGACGCUUACCUGCAUAUUCCCAUACACCCAGAUUACCAAAGAUUUCUCAGGGUGGCUGUAAGGGUGGAUGCAAGGAUUCAACAUUUCCAGUUCCAAGCUCUCCCCUUUGGGCUAUCCUCAUCUCCGAGAAUCUUUACGAAGGUUCUAGCAGAGGCCCUUGCCCCUCUAAGAGACAAAGCGAUCACUGUGAUCCCAUAUCUGGACGAUCUGCUGUUCGUUGCAGGAUCAGUUCAACAGCUAGAGAAAGAUCUGCAGAUAGCACAGGAUUUUCUCUCCUCACUCGGAUGGAUUAUCAACCGAGACAAGUCACAGUUGAUCCCAUCCCAGGAGGUCGUGUACCUAGGGUACAGGAUCUCUUCGGUAGAGAAAAAGAUUUAUCUCCCCGAAGAGAAGAUUGCCAAAGUGAAUCAAGCAGUAGCCCUGUUACAGUCCAAUCAGCCGACUUCGGUCAGGGAAGUGAUGAGGGUGCUGGGAUUCAUGACAUCAUGUUUUCCAGCAGUUCCUUGGGCAAGGUUUCACCAACGUCCUUUACAGGAACUUAUGCUUCGUCUCUGGAGUGGUCAAAGCCAGGACCUAGAAGUACCGAUCCUAAUCUCAGACAGAGUAAAAAAGACACUGUGGUGGUGGCGAACACACCACAAUCUGAGCAAAGGUCUAGAUUGGACCUUCCCUGUGGAAAGAAUAGUAACUACAGACGCCAGUGCCUGGGGGUGGGGAGCCCACUUGGAAGAGGAAGUAGCUCAGGGAGCUUGGUCUCCCUCAGAAGCAGGCCGCUCUUCAAACCAAAGGGAGCUCUUGGCGAUCCUAAGGACGAUCGAGUCAUUUCAGAGAAGCAUAGUAGGAAGGCACCUGCAAGUUCGCACAGACAACGCAGCGGCUGUCGCGUACUUGAACAAGCAGGGAGGGACAAGAAGUCCUGCUCUUCAGGAGAUAUCCAGCAGGAUCCUCUCCUGGGCAGAAGCCAACUUGUCUUCGCUAACAGCUGUCCACCUAAAGGGCACUCAGAAUUUUCUGGCAGAUUACUUAAGUCGCCAGCCAUUAAGGCAGGACGAGUGGUCCCUGAACGAGGAGGUGUUCUCUCAGAUAAUACAGAGAUGGGGUCUUCCAGAGGUAGAUCUGUUUGCUUCCGAACAGAACAAGAAAGUAACACAGUUCUUUUCAAUUCACCCAAGAGACCAGGCCUUAAGGAUAGAUGCCUUUUCCGGUCCUUGGAGGUUCAACAUCUGCUACGCUUUCCCUCCAGUGAGGAUGAUUGCAGCAGUACUUCAAAAAUUCCGGACGGAAGAAACAGAUCUAAUUUUAAUCACGCCUUUUUGGCCAAAGAGACCCUGGUUUGCAAUUUUGAAGAAACUGAGUGUUCUCCCCCCAUUUCACCUUCCAGUCCGGAAGGAUUUGAUUUCACAGGGUCCAAUUCUGCACCCACAGGUAGACAGACUAAACCUAACUGCGUGGUUUCUGAGGAACAGUUAUUAAGAGCGCAGGGUUUCUCUGAAAGGGUCAUAAAGACCUUGUUGCAGUGCAGGAAACCAGUAACAAGGGCAAUUUAUGCAAAAUACUGGAAGAGAUUUUGCUCGUGGUUAAAAGAACAGGGUUUGGACCAACCUGGGAUUCCAGCUAUCUUAGACUUCUUGCAAGCUGGCGUGGAAUUAGGGCUCUCCCCUAGCACCUUAAAAGUACAGGUGGCAGCUCUUAGUAUCUUUCUACAGGAUUCCCUACAGCAGAACCCAUUUAUUAAAAGUUUUUUCAAAGCAUUGUCAAGAUCAAAACCAGCAAGAGUAACAGCCUGUCCUUCUUGGGAUCUUUCUUUGGUGCUUAAGGCACUGUCAGAGAGUCCAUUCGAACCUCUGGAGGAAUCCGUCCUUAAAUGGGUUACACUUAAGACAGUACUUUUGGUAGCAGUCACUUCAGCCAGACGGGUGAGUGAGCUUCAGGCUCUUUCCAUUAAGGAACCAUUUUUGUUGAUUUUUGAGGAUAGAAUUAUUUUGAAAACAGAUCCCAGUUUUCUCCCAAAGGUAGUAUCCAAAUUUCACAGGACACAGGACAUUGUCCUACCUUCUUUUUGUUCCACCUCAAGCUCUGAGGUAGCAUCCCCAAAUUCACUAGAUGUCAGGAGAUGCCUCUUAAUUUAUUUAGAAGCUUCCAAGAUUUUUAGGAAAUCUGAUUCUCUUUUUGUGAAUUUUUCGGGAAGUAAAAAAGGACAAAAAGCGUCUAAAUCUUCCAUUGCUAGAUGGAUCAGGAUGGCAAUAGGAAAGGCUUAUGAGUUACAGGGCAAACAGGCCCCGUUUGUUAAGGCACACUCAACUAGAGCUGUUUCGAGUUCAUGGGCAGAGAGGGCCGGAGCUUCUCCAGAAGAGAUUUGCAAGGCGGCAACGUGGUCAAGUUAUACUACUUUCGCCAAGCACUAUCGCCUGGAUUUGAUGUCUGAGAAGGAUCAGGCAUUUGGCAGAAGGGUCCUCCAAGCAGUAGCCCCACCCUGAUAAUAAUUUUAUGUCUUUCAGAGCCUUCAGGAAUUCUUGGUAAUACUGAGGAAGAGGCCUGGAGGACCGCCUUUUAUAAUUGGGGUUAAUGUGUUUCCUGUCCCGGAGGGAGGAGCUAUAUCUC